AUGGCUGCAACUAGGUCUGUUCGACCAAAACCCCUGGACUGGCCAAGUCCCUCGCAUCUCGAUGUGUUUUUAAAUAAUCUCAAGUUGCUUCAUCUGGAUCAGCGCGAGGACUGGCCCGGUAUAUCGCUUCGCACAUUAUCCCCGUCAUCCCAAAACCAACGACAACGAACCCGCUUGGUAGAAUGGUCACUGUACCAUCUCUAUGCCAUUUGGGAUCCGGAAGGUGCCCAAAAUAAACUCCGGCCCUUCUUUCCCCCAUUGGAGCCUCUACAGUCUGUCAACCUCCGCGCGGCGUUAUUCCGAUGCCUCGGCGAACUGAAGAAGAAUGGUGAUCUGGGACGAGAAAUCAUUAUCCGCAAAACUAUGCUGGAUGAUUGCAAAGGCGAGAAAUUCGAGGAGUUACUCGCUGGCUUCUCUACCACUGUUCUCCGUAAACUUGUGGCCAUGCCUGCGGAUGAGAUGCUUUGGAACCCCGCCAUGAAAUUGGCGACUGCUACUGCCAUGACACCGACGGACUAUCAAAAUCUAUUGCCCCUCAUUCUCGUCCAUCAAGCAUCCCUUGCUACUGCGGGUGAACGCCAUGCCCGCGUUCGAGUUGAUUAUGAUCGUUUUUCACAGCUCCUAGACGACAAAAAGGUCGACCUGACCGAACGUGCGAACAAGGAGCCGAAUGAACCUGGUGAUUUGCAGGGUGAUCCCGAGUAUUUGGUUCGUGAGCUUCAAACCAGAUGGCUGGGAAAUGAAAAAUGGGCCACCGCACUCCUUGAAGGUGGGUCAGAAAGUAGCACCGACGCUUUCCUGGAGCUCCCUUUCUCAAAGGCCUUGUCACGAGCGACCGACUCGGCAGAUGGUAAUAUUAACAACGGGCUUAAGCAAGACUUAGUCCUUGACCUGGAGGCCCGGGUCUUGCUGCAACGGACUCGACUCCGCAAGUGGCAUGAGUAUAACAAGACUCUUUUGGGUGAAAAAUCCGUGAACGUGGUUACAACAUCGCCUAAGGAAGCUGCCAUGGUGUUCCGGGAGCACCAGACUCUUACAGUCGCCAGUAUAGCCAAAACUGUGCGCCAGCCUGGAGAUCGUGGGCGGGUGUUGAAAGGGGCGGACAAAUUUCUCUUGUCAUCUGUAAAUGAAGCCCUCACCCGGAUCAACGGAAAUUCCUGUCGCAAUCCUGGAAGACCAACGCCCGCAGUGAAGAUGGAUGCCCAACCCCAAAUUGGACGUUUGGCAGAGAUUGGCCACUCGCCGCCAACAGUGGCAGAAGACGACCACUAUGCCCCAAGUCCUCUGCCAAAUUUGGACCUUCCAGAGUCCCACCUAGAGCCCCAGGCUGCCUCGGAGUCUGAAACUGGAUCAGAAACAGAACCAGAACUAGAGAUAGUCCAUCCAUCCCCUCCCAUUGUCCGUCUCUCUCCAGACCUCUCCGCGUCAGAAGAGGAGCCAACUCAAGAACCUAUCAAGCGCCCGCACACCCUAGUCGAGCGCACUCGCAAGUCGAUGUCCCUCCUUCCGCCCCAACAUGACGAGCCAUCUGGACAACGCCGUAGACCCAGACCUUCUUUCCCGGUCAAUCAAUUUGUGACACCGCGCAAAGCAUCAGGUCGUUCGAUCGAUGAGAUCUCUCGCGCCUCAACACCGCAGGAUCAGCUCUUCGAGGAAGACGCCGAGUACGCUAGUGUUUUCAAAUCUAGGCCUCGUGUAGCGCUUAGUCCGAUUUCCUCGCCGGCUGUGCAUGUGAGCCCCUCAUAUGAGGAUGAAAGUUUUGCUUUGGAUGAUCACGAUGAGAGUUUCGAUUGGGGAGGUGUUGAAUCACCUUCGGCUGCUCCACGAUUUAGGUAA